AUGGGUAUAUCACUAAUUCAGUCGUCGCCGUACUAUGCGCAGGCCAACGGGCAGGCUGAAGCUUCCAACAAAAGCCUGAUUAAGUUGAUCAAGCACAAGAUCGACGAGUACCCGAAGCAGUGGCACGAGCGUUUGGCAGAGGCAUUAUGGGUUUAUCGGAUGUCAUGCCACGAGUUCGUCAAGUGCGCGCCAUAUCAGCUGGUUUAUGGGCAAGAAGUUGUGAUGCCCUGGGAGAUUAGCAUCGGCUCUCGGCGCGUUGCGCUACAGGACAGGAUAUCAGCCGAUGACUAUUCUUCCCUCAUGAAUAUCAACACUUAA